UUCCAGCGGGACCAGCAACUCCUCCGUGCGGCCGGCGGUGGAGGAGGAGGCCGUCGCGGGCCGGCGAGGAGGAACAAUAUUUUUAACAGGAAUCAAUAACUGGAAAUACACAAUUGGUUAUUUAAUCAUGUUAAAGUGAAUAUUUGACCAGCAGAGGUUGACAGACUGUCUCACUUGAGACUUUGCUAUGUAAACAUCUUUCAAAAGUAGUCUGGAACAAAGACAGCAUUGUGAUUGUUUGGAAGACACACAGACAGAAGAUUCACAGAGAAUUGUCUAUCAGCAUUUUCUUAUUCUGAAUUGGUUUUUGAAGCAUGCUUUAUUGGUGCCGUUACCAGAUUUGUCUUCUCAGUAUAAAAUAAAAAUGAGUGAAGUUCAAGCAAUGGUAGAAUUCUCUGUGGAGUUAAACAAGUUCUACAAUGUGGAUUUGUUUCAGCGAGGUUUUUACCAGAUUCGUGCAUCUAUGAAAAUUCCACCUAGAAUUCCCCACAGAGUAGAAGCUAAUUUGUUACAUGCAACAGGUAUGACUUUAGCUUUUCCAGCUUCAAUUCAUGAUUCUCUGAUUUGCAGUAAAACAUUUCAAAUUCUGUAUAAAAAUGAGGAAGUUAUUUUAAAUGAUGUUAUGAUCUUCAAAGUUAAAAUGUUAUUGGAUGAAAAAAAGAUUGAAGAAACCCUUGAGGAAAUAAACUUUUUGUUAUGUUUGGACCUACAUUUCACAGAUGGAGAUUAUUCGGCAGAUGAUCUGAACGCCUUGCAACUAAUAAGUAGCCGCAUAUUGAAACUGCACUUUAGCCUCCAUCGAGGCCUUCAUCAUCACGUUAAUGUUAUGUUUGAUUAUUUCCACCUUUCUGUUGUGUCUGUUACAGUACAUGCAUCAUUGGUUGCACUACACCAGCCACUAAUAAGCUUUCCUCGACCUCUGAAGACUACAUGGUUAAAUAGAAAUGCACCAGCACAAAACAAAGAUUCUGUGAUUCCUACUCUUGAAAGUGUGGUGUUUGGUAUUAACUACACGAAACAGUUAUCACCAGAUGGGUGCAGCUUCAUCAUUGCCGACUCUUUCCUACACCAUGCCUAUCAUUUUCAUUAUACACUUUGUGCCACAUUGCUACUAGCCUUCAAGGGAUUGCACAGCUACUUCAUUACGGUAACAGAAGAGAUUCCUUCUUGUCAGAAACUAGAACUGGAGGAAAUGGAUAUAGAAGCUCGACUUACUGAACUUUGUGAAGAUGUUAAGAAAAUAGAAAACCCUGAUGAAUUGGCAGAACUUAUAAAUAUGAAUCUUGCACAACUUUGCUCACUUUUGAUGGCUUUAUGGGGGCAGUUUCUGGAAGUGAUAACAUUACAUGAAGAACUAAGAAUAUUAUUAGCACAAGAGCACCACACUUUGAGGGUACGGAGAUUUUCUGAGGCUUUCUUUUGUUUUGAACAUCCAAGAGAAGCUGCCAUUGCAUACCAGGAACUGCAUGCUCAGAGUCAUCUACAGAUGUGCACUGCUAUCAAAAAUACUUCCUUCUGCAAUUCUCUUCCACCCCUACCUAUUGAAUGUAGUGAAUUAGAUGGAGAUCUCAAUUCAUUGCCUAUAAUCUUUGAAGAUAGGUAUUUAGAUUCAAUUACUGAAGACAUAGAUGCACCUUGGAUUGGAAUUCAGACUCUUCAGAGAUCAGAAUCCAGUAGAAUGGAUAAAUAUGACACUGAAGAAAGCUCUAUAGCUGGACUUUCUAGCCCAGAGUUGAAAAUCAAACCUGGUGUCUCCAAUUUUUGGUAUACAGAAAGUGAAAAGCAGCUAACAAAAUCUCUAAAAGGAAAUAAUGAAGAAUCACAUAAGUCCAAGGUUAAGGUUACUAAACUCAUGAAAACAAUGAAAUCUGAAAGCACAAAAAAAAUUAUAAAACAGAACUCUAAGGAUUCUGUGGUUUUGGUUGGCUACAAAUGUUUGAAAAGCAUGCCAUCAAAUGAUCUCUCUAGAUGCUUUGAAGACAAUCCUUCACAUAGUCAGAAGGAAAGUCUGGAGCCCUCAAUAUUUGGAUAUCAUUUUGACCUAAAGACCUACACCAGACAGAGAAUUCAAAAUGAAGCUAGCUAUUUGCCAACUAAUAAAGACAGAACUGAACAAAAGUCUCCAGAUAAUGAAAACAUACAACCAGACAUGUUUGAUACUUUGAGCUCUGGCAGCCUAAAUCAGUGUGCAAAUUUGUCCAUUUCAGGUAAACUUGAUAUCUCCCAGGACGAUAGUGAAAUUAUACAAGUGGAACAGAAUGUGACAUCCAGAAGUUCAUCAGAUUAUUGCCAUGAUCCUCCGAUAACUCCAUCUCCAGGAGUUAAGACAAUUGAAGUAAAGCCCUGUAAUAAAGAUGCUUUUAGUGGAGAGAAAAUAACUGUAAAAAUAGGACAUUGGACGGAACUUCAACAAAAUGAAACAUUUGUGGAUAAUUUACAACUACCGAACUUUGAGCCCUUAGAGUCUAAUGGUAAUUCUAAAUCUAUAGAAAUAAGUCUUGAAAAGGAAGUUUUUCAGGAAGGAAAGAAUAUUCCUAUUGAAGAAUCCUUAACUAAAUUAAGUGAUCUACCUGGUUCUACUACAAAAGAAUCUCAUAUUGUAGUAAGUGGAGAUACAAUUAAAGUACCAGAUAACAAUGCCACAUAUGUCUCAUCUAGGUUUUCAGAUUCAGGUGUUGAAAGUGAACCAAGUUCUUUUGCAACACAUUCAAAUCCUGAUGUAGUGCUUGAAAGUAUCCAAGGGCAAGGUCCUUACAAUAAUGAAAAAUUAUUUCGGCAGCUUUUGAUUAAACCUGACUAUAAUGUAAAAAUUUCAUUAGGAAGUCAUUGUACAGAGAGUACAAGUGCUUUAAGUGAAAUACAGUCAUCUCUGACAUCUAUAAACUCUCUGCCGUCUGAUGAUGAACUAUCACCUGAUGAAAAUUCUAAGAAAUCUCUUAUACCUGAAAAUCACCUAAGUGAUAGCAAAACUGUAUUAAAUCUAGGAACAGUUGAUUUGCCAAAAUGUGACAAUAGUAAAAAGUCAAAUGUUACUUUGCAGCAUCAGAGUGUUGUGUUUUCUGAGCAUUUGGACAAUGAAAUUAUAACAGUACAGUCCUUUGAUUCAAGCACUAAAGACUCUUUGCAAUUUGUUUUUUCAGAUGAAGAUACAUCCACUGAUCUGAAAAGUAGUUGCACCUCCAAACCUAACCUGGACAAUCUAUAUAAAGGCUCCCAAAGUCCAGAUAAAGCUAGUAACUCUGCAGAAAUUGAAUUUACAUUAAAUUCAGAACUGGUUUGUUUGAGUCCUCCUCCUGCUCUAGUAGGUUCUAUUUCUUCUAAUACAGAAGAGAGUGAAAAUAGUUCUGUAAAUAGAAAAAGUAGUGAUACAAUAAAUCUAAAAAAAAUUAAUCUAGAAGUGUCUACAGUUAAAAAUGAAAUUCAUCUAGAUACAAGCGACCCUUUUUCUACCAGUCUUUCUACCAGUCUUGAUAUGGUUAAGCAGGGGCUUGUGGAAAACUAUUUUGGUUCUCAAGGCAAUACAGAUAUUUCUGAUGCAUGUUCUAGUAACUAUAGCAAUUCAGUUAACACUCAGAAGGAGACUUCAGGAAAAGAAAUUAGUAAUCUACUGCAGGAACAGGGUGUCAAAGAUGAGGAGGAAGAGCAGGAUCAACAAAUGGUUCAGAAUGGUUAUUAUGAAGAAACAGUGUAUUCAGCUUUGGAUGGAACAGGAAGUGAUCAUUAUACAAGCAGAGAUGAACUAGAAGAAAGUCUUAAAAAAUCUGAAAAACUAAACAGUGAAUACCUGAGGGAUGGUAUAAAUAUGCCUACGCUCUGUACUUCUGGUUGUCUUUCAUUUCCAUCUGCACCACGAGGAUCUCCUUCUAGUGUUAAGUUUUCUAAAAGUAAAUUUGAUGCCAUUACAAAGCAGCCAAGCAGCACUUCUUACCACUUCACUUCAUCAAUUUCCUGGUAUGAAAAUUCACCUAGACCUCAAAUUCAAGCCUUUCUUCAGGCAAAAGAAGAACUAAGGCAACUUAAGCUCCCUGGGUUCAUGUACAGUGAUGUUCCUGUCCUAGCAUCCUCCAUCCCUUACUUUAGCAUUGAAGAAGAGGGUGGUUCUGAAGAAGGAGUUCAUCUCAUAGUCUGUGUGCAUGGUUUAGAUGGAAACAGUGCAGAUCUCCGAUUAGUAAAAACUUAUAUUGAGCUUGGACUACCUGGGGGAAGAAUUGAUUUUCUUAUGUCUGAGAGGAAUCAGAAUGAUACUUUUGCUGAUUUUGACAGCAUGACUGAUCGCCUUCUGGAUGAAAUAAUACAAUAUAUUCAGAUAUAUAGCUUAACAGUUUCAAAAAUAAGCUUCAUUGGACAUUCAUUGGGAAAUUUGAUAAUCCGUUCAGUGCUCACCAGGCCAAGGUUUAAAUAUUACCUUGAUAAACUUCAUACCUUUUUAUCACUUUCUGGACCUCAUCUUGGUACACUCUACAAUAGCAGUGCUCUUGUUAAUACAGGUCUCUGGUUUAUGCAGAAAUGGAAAAAAUCGGGCUCUCUCUUACAGCUGACUUGUCGAGAUCAUUCAGACCCUCGCCAAACAUUCUUAUACAAGCUUAGUAAUAAAGCAGGACUUCAUUAUUUCAAAAACGUUGUGCUUGUGGGUUCACUACAGGAUCGCUAUGUUCCUUAUCACUCUGCCCGAAUUGAAAUGUGUAAAACAGCAUUAAAGGACAAACAGUCAGGACAAAUAUAUUCAGAAAUGAUCCAUAACUUGCUUCAUCCAGUUCUGCAAAGCAAGGACUGCAACUUGGUUAGAUAUAAUAUCAUCAAUACAUUGCCCAAUACAGCUGAUUCACUCAUUGGGAGAGCUGCACAUAUAGCUGUUCUUGAUUCAGAAAUAUUUUUAGAGAAAUUCUUCCUGGUUGCUGCCCUUAAAUAUUUCCAAUAAGACAAAAACAUUGCUAGACAUUUACCUCAUUCAGCAGUGAUUCAAAUAAUGUGUUAUAGUAAAUUGUAGAUGUUGAUAAGUUCUAUGAAAUAUUUAUAUCUUUUUAUAUGGGAGAUAAUUUAUAUCAUCCAUGUUAAGAGCUUUGUAAACAUCUACUUUUACUUUCUAGGUAAUGUGGCUGUGCAAUUUUUUUAACUAUAUUUUUACUUUUCCAUUCUUUUCAUAUAUUUUGCUACUUAUGUAUUUCAGUGAAACUUUAAGCCCGGGCUAUAUGUAUAUUUGAUUGUUUAUUGGCUUCCCACAAUCCUUACAUCAGAAACAUAUUAGAGGCCAUUAUUGUGAGAAUAGCAUGAGUUUUUAAUUUUCUAGUACUGGGAUAUAGUAAAUUGCAGAUUUUACUUUUAACCUUUUACUAUUUAACUGGAAAUAAAAUGAUGGCUGCUAAAAUAUAUUUUUUGAAAUCAACUUCUUUAGACCAGUCAAACUGAAUAGUUCAUAUAUGAAAAUGUUACAGAAGUUUUCUAUAAAAAGUCAUUAUAUUAUUGCUAUUAAACAUCAUGCCUUUUAAAAUAUAUUUUCUACUGGCGAUUCAACAUUAUUUCUCAUACUGACUUACUACUGGAAUUUUUCAUGUUCGGGUUAGCAGCAUCUAGAGAUUUUUUAAUGUUUGCCUUCUGCCUUGAUUUAGUUGGAAUUCUGCUACACUUGGUAAUGUUGCUUGAACUUUUUGACAACAUGUCUAACUUUUUUCAUGAACUUCCUUAUAUGUACAUAACAAUAACAUGUUGAAAUUUAUGAAGUACUUUUAUGAAUUUAGAUAACUUUUAAAUAUCGUUAAUAUUUGGUGAACUUCAGAGUGAUGUAAAUAAAAUUAUUCAUGUUAAAAUGGAAAAAAAUACAUGUUUGGUGAUAACAGCUACAAAUGUUUUUGAUAUAUGGAGAUGUUAAUUUUACUAAUGGUGCUGAAUAGCAUUUAAAUUCACUAUUUUCCUUUUCUGUUUUAUAUGUGAAAAUAAUAAUGCACUAAGGGUGGAGCGGAGGUUUGUCUGCAUUCACAUAUUGUGAUGGACAGAGGUUUUUGUAUUAUUGUAUAAUUGAUGCAUGUUUAUUUUGAGAAAUGUGUUAUUGCCUCUGGUGUUAAUAAAGGGUCAGAUGACUCUGGAAGAACA